AUGUUUUUUUUUAACUUUAGGAAUCUGCUGAGCUCUGGCGCCCAGUCAGUGAGAGUCUAUUUGCCAGAGUCGAGGCCAAGUAUUGCCCUUUUGACUGCUCUCAUGGCUUCCGGAUUCCGACGGAUUGAUAAUCGUACAGACUACUACACUUUUCAGCCAUGUCCUGUUGGAACAUUCUCUAACUCCACUUCAGGGGGAAGGCAAGGAUGUACCUCUUGCCCGCCAGGUACCCUUCAUUUGCUUAUAUACAAUUGACCUAUAGGUGCGGUACCUUACUGCACUAGCCGUAAUACCGGUUGCCGAUGGGGAAGCAACUUGUUUGAGUGUGCAAACGACUUACCCAAGCUAAAAUUGCCUCGGGAAACGUCCAUGGAUCAGUAAAAAGGAACAAAAGAAUUUGCCAUGACAGUUCCCGAGGUUAAGUCUAUGGGAUAGUAAGAACCCAAAGAGUGUCAGGCAAUCACGAGAAACUGAAAUGUACAAAAAAUACAAGACGCUUGUUUUCGUGCUGUGUUCAUCUUGUCCCCAAAUCAUACGCGGAACUGGUUCGACAAAACAACAGGAUUAUCGAGCGCUGUUGGGAGUAUUUUCACGUUUAACAAAUUAAAAGAGCAUUCGGAAGUUUUUGUUUUUACAUCAGUGGUAAAGAAUUCGUGCUUAAGAAAUUGUUGGAGAUAAUUUUGUGGACGGUUACUUACAUAACUGCCGGCUUACAGAUUUGUUAGAAAAGUCUAACGCAACUGUUCAAAAGGAAUCUGUCGACCGUUAUUAGUUAUCACUUUGCACACCUUGCACACGGUACUGUGAAAUUCAAAAUUCAUCUAACGUGAUAUAUCGUUCUAUUGACAUGUAACAUGUUCUAAUGCUACAAAAAUGGUUGUAAAUAAACUUUAACUCCUCUGGUCGGCUAACUGAGAGACGAGUAAGUGCAUGUGGGAGUAUACUAUUGUACUGGUCCAUUCAUUGUCAUAACCGUCGUUUGACGUCAUAUUGAAUUUUAAGCUUAACAAUCUAUUUUCACCUUAAUUAACAGGUGGUUUCUACUCAGACGAGGUAGGCUAUGUUGCUGAGAACUGCAAGAAAUGUCCUAACGGUUCUUUUGUUGCAUUUGAUAAAGCUCCCGGAACUCAAAGUCAGGAUUGCAAGAAAUGCCCACAAGGUACACUAACAAUCAAACAAGGAAGAUGCUUUUUGUUAUUUCUCAUUAAAAGUUUGCGUUUACUAUCUUUCGCAGCCGUUUGACAAUUACAUACUGAAUACCAUUAUUUUACAGUUGUAAGUCGUUAGCACUCUAGCCUUCGAAUGAAUUUAAGGCUGAGGUUGAUCUUGUUUUGAGACAAACCGCCUUUGUUUUCCUAUGGAAUUUAUGCUUGAAAAUACUAGUUACCAAACGAUCGAUAUAAGUGAUUUACAAACGAGAGCAGGUAAUGGUUGUAUCAAAAACAGCGUCAACUCCGCCCUUGUUUCCAUUUAUAGCUUUAAACUGGGUUGUAAUUUAAAGGGGCUAUGUCACCCAAUCUAAUUGUUAAUGAUUUGAAACAGUCUUGGUCUUUAUCUUCGGUCUAGCGUCUUUUGUAGCUCGUUUGUAAAAUACAACUUCCAUUUAUUUUGUUGAAUAAGACAAUAUUUUGUUGUUGAAUUUUUGUUUGCGCUCUAUUUUAUGAAUGGCAUGCGUUUUUACUUCAAAACUACAAGUAAAAUUGUCGUCGCAAUUUUAUUCUUGAUCUAGCAUAACCAGAGAAGAGACGUUCCAUAAAUUCUAUCGAAAUAUCCCUUAUCUAAACCCAUUUCGCUAAACCUCUCUAAAUUCGGAACCUUGGACGUGACAGAUAACAUGAAGAAAGUCACGCGUUAAAAACAAUAGAAUUUUGACAGUUGAAAGUAAUUUGCAUAACCUCACAGCGCACAUGGAGAAAGUCACGCGUUAAAAACAAUAGAAUUUUGACAGUUGAAAGUAAUUUGCAUAACCUCAGAGCGCAUGCUCUCCAGCUGACAUAGCCCCUUUAAUGUACCAAAAAACCAAAAAAGUAGGAUUUGGUCUCCGUUAAAGCUCUUAUUUCUUUUUCGUUCUCUUAACUCAAAAAAUGAUUUUUGUGUAUGACGAAAUUUUAGUGUUUUAAAGAAAAUUGUGCAACAACAUUGCUCAAACAACGCUUACCAACCUUACCUAACUCAACUAAUAUCUAUAGCCAAAAGGUAAAUUAACAUUUCAUUUCCAACCACAGGAACAGAGACUGAUUUCUUUGCUGGAUACCGUGCUUGUAAAUGUUUGGAGGGUUUUUACAGAACAGAUAUGUUCGGUGUAUGUCGAAAAUGCGGACUUCAAGGUGGUCUGGCAUGCCAAGAUGACUAUGCGUCUUUGAAAUCUGGUUAUUGGUGGGAAUGGAGGAACAAAACACAUAUUUAUCGCUACAAGGAUUUCAUAACAAACCUGUUGGCAUCAGUACCGGCACUGGGCCCUGAUGAUGUCCAAUAUCCAUACGCGAUCCCAACACCCUAUAUGUGUCCCAGGAAAGAGUCGUGUAAAGGAGGUUUAGAGUCACAAUGUGAGAAAGGCUACGAAGGACCCUUAUGUGCAGUUUGUAGCUCUGGAUAUUUUAAACAACUGCAAACAUGCAAACAGUGUCCAACAAAGAAGUGGAUGAUCGGGCAGCUGACGAUCGUGGGAUGCGUUUUGAUGGUAAUCGUUGCAUUCCUGGCCUGGUCAAGUAAAAGGAAAGCUAAAACUUCUCAAGGUCGCACAUUCUUAGAUACAUUCUUUUCCAAACUGAAGAUUGUAAUUGGCUUUUAUCAAGUCACAUACGGUAUACUGGAAGCGUUUUCUUUCAUAAAAUGGCCAGAUUCACUGGGGGUCAUCGGUAGAUAUUCAGAAAUACUUCAGAUGAACGUUUUCCAGGUUGCACCAGUUCAGUGUCUUAUCUCGGGUUUACAAGUGGACGCCUUUGCAAAUCUGUUUGCAAUGAUGGCGAUAAAUGCUGCUGUAAUUUCUCUCUCUAUCGUGUUUUAUGGAGCGCGAAAGAUAACAAUCUUACAGAAUCGACGACUGGAUUCGGAAGGAAAGUUGAGUGAAAUUUCUCAGGCUAAAGAAAUCGUUUAUAGGAACUUGUUUUUUGUGCUGUAUGUGACGUACCUCAGUACUUGUUUUAAAACAGCUACUGUUCUGCCGCUUGCUUGCCGAGAAAUUUGUCGAGAUACAGGAGAAAAGUUCUGUUCUGUAUACCUUAAAGCGGAUUACAAUAUCCGGUGCACAGGUCCAAAGUAUAAAAGAAUGGCCAUCGCUGCGUAUAUUUCUACAGCCUACCUCUUUGCUCUGCCCACCGCCUCGUUCAUCGCCCUUUGGAAGAGAAGAGGAAUAAUAGCAGCUGAAAGUGCAAAUACACCACAGGAUUCUGUCUCCAAGUCGGAAAUGAUCACUGGUUUACGAUUUCUCUUUGAAAAUUACAAAGCUCGUUCGUGGUAUUGGGAACUGGUUGAAAUGUGCCGAAAAGUUAUUUUAACAUCUGGUCUGAUACUUGUUGGACAAGAAAGCAGGUCUUAUAUCGGCUUAGCAUGGGUAAUCGCUGGGAUGUAUGGAGUAGUAUUUUCCUUCGUCAGUCCCAUUCAAGACGUUGUUGAAAACAGACUGAUGGUUACAUCCAUUGCAGUUACAGUUGUUAACUUAGGCAUUGGAGCUGUGAGCAGGAUUCCCGCAGAAAACGUUCCAGGAUCAGACGACUCUUACAGUGAUGCAAUGUUAUUUAAGAUAUUGGUGAUUGGGGCAAAUACAUUGGUGAUCGGUCUUCUUGCUGGUAAGACAAAAGAGGAGUAUUAAGUUAGUUUGAUACAGUUAAGUUCCCGUAGCACAUCUUUUAAGUACAGGCAGCCAACAGGACAGUAACAAGUUUUGGCAGCAAGUUUGAUAAGGCUUUUCCUUCUGUAGGGAUAAAUUUUUCAUUCCUUUAUAACAGAGAUUUUUAGUAAUUAAUGAGCUGUAACUUCCCAAAUCUGAGCCAGAUAUAUAGUUGUCAGUAGAAGAUGUUUUACGUAUAACUUAAUGGUUUAAGCCAUAUUGGCUAUCGUGUGGUGUAACAGUUUUCAGGGAUCUAUCAUGCCCUUUGUUGCCAAAAUAUAGAUACUUUAAAUAACCUGAGAAAGAACGGAGCACUCCUUCAAAUGAAAAGUCAAAACAGGGUAUAACGUGUUGUGAUAAAUGAACUUUGACCAUUCAUGUGUCACGCGCGCGUGUUGUUCAGUAUUUAGGCAUGCGCACUACAGGAAUAGAAGGAGGGAUAAAAAUGGCAGUCUCAUGAACACACGCUGUUGCUCUUGAAUAACUCGACAUAAUGCUUAUACCGUUGUAAAUAAGACACAUUAUUAUGUUAAUAUUUUUGUUGGGCCAAACGAAACACUAUAAAAGAUGAGUCGGUUUUGGCGGAUAGAAAGUACUAUUUUGGUACGCAAGUACAGAGAAAUCAUUUUUAUGUGAUACAAAUUUUAGCUCUGCCUUUCCAAAUUAAAUCUUGUAGCCUCGAUCAGCUAACUAUUUUCUAUGGGUUUAUUUUCAGUUCAGUAUGCAGUUCAUUUUUAUCAGUACGUUAAGGAGUGGCUGAAAAACCCACAAUGUUCCGUUUCUUGCUGCAUGGCACUAUUGCUUCCUCUGAAUGAUAUGCAAGGGGACAUCACUGACCAGGUAGCUGAGUCGAAUGACCUGGGUAAGCAGAUGGACGUAGGACAAGUUGACAUGUCUGCUGUUACCUCUUCUAUAAGAUCCCAAGGUGCUGGGGAAAUCAGCAGAGCAGCCAAACUCGAUGGCAUCGGUACCAAGCCUGAGUGCAGCAGCAACAGAUGUCAUCGAGAAACACAGACAAAGCUUUCCGUUGUUUUGGUGGCUGGUACUUUCUGGCAAGUCGAAGAGAAAUGGAGCGCGGUAAAAGAGAGAACGUAG